AUGCGUUGCUCGCUCGUCUUCCUCGCCCUAUCAGGCGGUGCAUCAGCUCUGCCUACCCUCAAUGGCCUCACGGCCCGUCAACCCGUCGAUCUAGCUAGCCGCCGCGACGUCGAAUUCAAGGGCGCAGCCGCACCUGCGCUGCUCGACGACAUGAGUCUCUCGCGCGUCGAGACAGUGACAGCACGUGAUGAGGAGGAAAGCGCAGCCACAACGAAGAGGAGUAGGGUGGAGGCGGUAGAGCCGAGACAAGCGAAGAAGACGGGGAGCAAGACGGGGAGCACAACCGGGAGCACAACCGGGAGCAAAACCGGGAGCAAAACCGGGAGCAAAACGCCGAAAAAGGGCGACCCGCGCGUGGCAGCGAUCGGUGAUAAGAAGAUCAACCCGGUGACCGGGUUGACGGACUCGGAGGCGGCAGAAAUUGUCAUCGAAAUCAAUAUGAAGGACAAGAAGGCGCCCGGCUCGCUGGACUCGAAGGGCAAGCGGAUCCCGCUGCCGGGGCUAAACGCGGACGAGACGGACGCUAUUGUGAAGCAGGGACAGGCGGCUCUCAAGGAAGCUGGCGCAUAG